AUGUUGGUUUCAGGGAUUCAGAGGAUCACUCUGCUCUCUUGUCUCAUCCUCUCCAUGACUCUGUUUUUCCCCAAAGUGUUUUUAUCUGGAGAGAAGGAGAAGGUGGUUCUUCAGUCAGAAGCAGCUGGUCCUGGAAAUCUUCCCAUGUUGAGAUUCAGACAUGAAGCAUCUACAGGAGAUGAUGAUGAUGAUGAUGAUGAGUGUUCACCUGAAUCACUUUCUACAAGUCAGAAGCUCAAGAUCUUUUCCCAGACGAAGACUUUUCAGAAAUCCUCACUCCUCUCUCACGUGGCUCCCAUUUACGGCUUUGGGAUUUUCCUCUACAUCAUUUACGUCUUCUAUAAGUUGACCGAUAAACACCGAGCUACAGGACAUCACUGCAGCUUCUCCAUCCUCAUCCCUGAACACACAGCACAGGAGACACCUGAAGAUGAGAUGACUCAGACCAGUUCAAAACAGAUGGAAGGGCAGAGAGAGAGGGGAACCUCAAAAUCUCUCCCAAAUCCUGCAAGAAGUGCACAUGAAGAGAGAAAACUCCAGCACAUGAUGAAGAUCACACAGAUUUUGGUGGAGGGACAGAUGCUGGAUGAUGUCACCCCUGAGGUGGAAGCUGAGGAAACUCCGUAUACAGCACACUGGGAGGGUUAUCCAGAAGAAACCUUUCCUCAGUAUGAGGUGCCGCUUUCCAGAUACCGAUAUCCAAGUAUCAUCCUGGAGGAGCCUCAUGGAGAUGUUCCUACACCUGAGGAACUGGCUGAAAGAAUGCAGAGAGAAGAAGAGGAGGAUGAAACGGAUGAAGAUACUAAAGGGAUGAAGGAUGAUGGUGAACUUGAAAAGAGAGAACAAAAAGAUGAUAAUGAAGAUGAUGCUGAUGAAGAAGAUUAUAAACAGGAUGAAGAAGAAGAGGAGGAGAGCAGUGAAGACCAACCUUGUCUGGUUUGUAAUUCUACUGAUAAAGAGAAGAUUCCAGAUUCAGGAAAUCAGAAGGAAGGAGAAACUCCUGGAAGGAAAAGACAGAUAACGUUCAGUAAUCACAGGCACAUCUUCCACUAUCCAAAAGGAGGCGCUGUUGGUUGCAGAUAUGAAGAUGAGGAGGUGGAAGAAGAAGCUCCUGAAGACGAUAAUGAUGAUGAUGAUGAUGAUGAUGAUUAUGAUUAUGAUGUGAUUGAGGAAAAGCAAGAUGAAGAUGAUGAUGUAAUGGAGAUGGAGGAGGAGAUGGAGAUGGAGGAGGACGACCCACUGAUGGAGGCUGAGCGUCUGGGCUUCAGCACUCGGUUCACAUGUGAUCCUGAGGAACAGGAAGUUGAUCUAAUCGACUUCCUUCUCAUGUAUAAACCUGAAGCUGUGAUUAAGUCUGAACAGUCAGGAGCAGCUGAAGCUCCGGGGCUCAGGAUGCGCUGCAAGAACCAGAAGAAGGAAAACUGACCGGAUUUCAUUUCACUGUCCAGAACAAACUCCAGGCUCUGAUGGUGAAUUACUUUUAAUCUAAAAUAAACUAAAAUAAACUAAACCAAAGUAUACUAAACUAAACUUAAAUAAAAAAGUUAUAACCAGAAAGCAAACACCAGAUCAUAGUUUUUUUAUCAUCACAGGUAUAUUUAGGUCGUCUGUGAUCAUUUUUGUUUGAUUUCUGCUGUUUGUUUGUUUGUUUAUUUCGGAGUGUUUAAUAAA